AUGGUAGCAUUCGGUCGUUUAGCUGUGUUGGGAUUGGCCGCAUCUGCCGAGGCCCUCUCCUUGAUUCCUUCCCUCAACAACAUUUUCGGUUCAAAUGUGCCUUCGGUCGUAGAUGGCCCAAAGAUAAUCCACACUUUCCCUUCCAACGAUGACGAGAGACCUAUUCCAGGAAACAGUCCUAUUAUCCAGUGUGACGCUCAGACUCCGCAAUUGUUGGACUUGCAAAAGGUGGUGAUUGACCCUAAUCCUCCAGCGAAGGGCCAGAACUUGACUUUUGUUGCUGAAGGUGUGUUGAAACAGGCGGUCACUGAUGGCGCCUAUGUUGAAGUGGACGUCAGGUACGGCUUCAUCCGUUUGAUUCACCAGACUUAUGAUUUGUGUGAUGAGGUUCAUAACGUGGACUUGGAGUGUCCUAUCAAGAAGGGCGCCCAGACCAUCUCCAAGCUGGUGGCUAUCCCAGAAGAGGUUCCUCCAGGAAAGUACCUCGUGGUGGCUCGUGCUUACAGCAAGGAAGAUGUGCUUAUCACUUGCUUGACUGCUUCUGUGGAGUUCCCACCAAACUAA